UUAUUUUGGUGCAAAAAUUUUUUGAAAUUCAUAUGUAUUUUUUUUUUGCUAUUUUCCAUGAACUUUUAAAAACACUCCUAUAAGUCAAGGUCAGGCAAGGAUAGGCAUUGUGAAGACAUUUAGAAGUGAUUUAAAACAACAUGUGUUUAUUAUUUUAUAGUUCUGGAGGUUAGAGUCUGAGAUAAACCUCACAGGGCUAAGCCCAAGGUGUCAGCAAGGCUCUAUUGCUGAUAGAGGCUCUGGGGAGAAUCCAUUCAAGGCCGCCUGCAUUCCUUGGCCAGUGGCCUAGCUCCAUCACCCCUACCUUUACUUCUGAUAUCACAUUUCCUCUCUCCGCUUGCAACCCCUUCUACUUUCCUCUUAAGGAAGCCUGUGAGUACAUUCAGGCCUCACCCAAGGAUAAUCUCCCUCAGCUGUCAGGAUCCUUAAUUUAGUCAGAUUUGCAAAGUCCUUUACCAGUCAUGGAAGGUGACAUGUUCUGGGGAUUGGCUUGUGGACAUCCUUGGAGAAGCACCAUUAUACCUGCUACUCUCCUUAGGGAGGGAGUAGGCAGGGUAUUGCCUGCAUCCUCCUGUGGAGUGAGAAAGAGAAGGAUGUUCUCAUGGAUGGUUCUCCUAAGGUCAAAUGUUGCUGGACCAGUGGUUAGGAGCACCACCCUAGAGCCAACCUUUCUCUAGGAGCUGGCCACUACACAUUUACCAGCCACGGCACAUCUCAGAAGGUGAAUACUGGACAAUAGGAGAGGUUUGGACAUGUGGUAGGUGAUCUGGGGAGAGGUUUCAAGUACUCAGCCUUCUGUUCUUGAUUGGGUGCUGUCAGGAAGUUGCAGUAAGCCUAUGGUUGGGCAUCUUCAUGAUCUCAAAGGUGGAUUGAAGCUAUCACUGGCAAAAGAGCAGCUUCCUGGGAGAGAGCAAUGCAUGGUUAUAUCACUAAGGACAAUAUUCAUGUUUGGUUUGUGCCCAGACAGCUUGCAGAAAGGUUGUGUUCAUCUUGCUGUCCCCAUAAUUACAGAGUAGCUUUGCCUGCUGUUGAUGUUCUAUGAGAUUGCUUAUGUCCAACAGGCGAACACCAAGGUUAUUUGUGGGUGGCAGGUUAGCUCCCCAAGCUGAGAGCAGUCAGGAGCUUACCCAGCUUUGACUAUCCACCUAAGCACAAUCUGGUUUCCAGUAUAUGCCACCUGCUUCCCCCCACCCCAUUCUUUCCCAUAUGAAGCAAAUCCACAUUAUAUUACUUCAUCUGUCAGCACUUGGGUUUGUAUCUCUAUGGGGCAUAUGACCCAGGUAACCACCAAUGAUCCACCCCUUUGAGUGUCAAUGCAGCCUGUUGCUUGCUUCUGUUCAGAGGAACAUGGCACAGGUGAUGGGACAUUGUCCUGUGAACUUACAUCAAUUUAUAGGCUGAGCAGGUUGAAAAGGCUGAAAGGGGACAUUCUCCUUUAUGGUUUGAAGUAGGCUGCCGUGACAGCCACCUCGAAAGUAGGGGGCCUCAGCCCUACAGCCACAAAGAGAUGAAUCAGCCAACUAGAAUGAGCUUGGAAACAGAGUGCCUCCCUUCCCCUCCCCCUCCCCCGGGGGGUGGGGGGUGGGGAGAUGAAGCUGCAGCUCAGUCAGCACUUUGAUUAUGUUUUGCUGAGUCUUCUGAGAGGAUCCAGCCAAGCCUGGCAGAACCCCUGAGCUACAGAAACUGGGGGUUAAGACUUGUGUGUUGUUUUAAGCCACAAGCUUUGUGAUAAUCUGUUCCAUGACAUAGAUGACCAACGCAAUCUCUAAAAAGAAAAACUCUCAGGUGGACACACAAAAGUGGGUGGGAGAACAUGUAAAGUAAACGGCCACUACACGAAUCCACAGGAACCAUUCUCACCAUGCGGUUGUUUGUUUCAGCUAUGCCCCCACCUACCUUUUCUGCCCUGCGUCUCACCCGCCCCCAAAUUCUUUUGAAGCAAAAUCAAAAUAUCACGUCAUUUAAACCAUAUAUGUUUCAGGAUUAGUAUGUAUCCAUCAAAGACCAAGGCUAUUUAAAAAAUAAAUAGUUCCAAUACCACUAUUAAACUGAAAAUAAUUCUUUUUAAGUGUCGGCUCUCAUGGAUUGCUCAAAUUCUCCCCCAACUUAGCAAAGACAAAUUCUUAAAAGUCCAUUUUUGCCUCACACGAGAGUAACAUAAACCUGUGAUCAUGCUGAAUGUAGUUUUUUCUUUUUCAUUUUCACGAAUACGCAGAGCUGCGGGGACGGCAGGACCGGUCUGUGCCUCCUGCAGAUCCACACCGCGCGCACCGCCCAACCCUAGGCUGUGCGGGACCGCCUGUGGGGCGCCGGGCUCGCCUGCCGGCCACACCCCUCGGGGACUACAUUUCCCAGGGGGUUCCGCGCGCGGCCGCCCGCACCCGGGCCCCUGAGAGAACCGGAAGCAAGGGCGCGGUGGGGCGCGGGGCCUUUCGGGAUAUGUAGUCCUGCGGACGGCGCCCCGAGCUCAGGGAUCCGCGUUCGGAUGUAGCCGCCAGCUAGGGGUCUGUUCCCGGUGCAAGCGUGAGGUGCGCCGCGCGGAGUCAGCGCAGGAUAAGAAGUGGGGCUGGCUAAGGAUGCGAGGGUGCGGGCGAGGUGUCCGAGACCCGGCGCCUCUGCACCUGCCAGUCGGGGCUGAGGGAGCGUUGGGCAGCGCGCUGAGGAGAGUGACAGCGCUAGGUCCCCGCCAGGAGCCUGACGCCAAGGAUGCCAGGUCUGGAGCAAGUUGGGACCCUCUCCAAGCCCCAGGCCCCACGAUCCCUGGAUCUGUGCUUGCCAACGAACACUCUGCACACAUCAUUUAGUUGACCUACAAAGAGACUUGUGGAGGGCGACAUUGCUGUCAUUCUGCUUUCUGGUUGAGGACACCAAGACUUGAGGAGGUGACAUCAUCUACACAAGACCCCCCAGCUGCCUUGUGCUGGAUCCGAACCUGGGUCAUCUGGCUCCAGAUCCCUCACCCUACCAGCUCUGCCUGUGAUACACCCAGUGCUGCAUCUCCGAGAUGAAGACCAGUGGAGCCUUGCCUUCGCAGAAUCCUGCUCAGACACCAAGCAAGCUCUUCCAAAAGAGCAGAAGAAUGCGGGCCAGACUCCUGCCAGCCUGGAGAGAGGCACCAGUGCUCUUCAAGGAUGUGGCCAUGUACUUCACACAGAAGGAGUGGCAGCUUCUGAAGCCUGCUCAGAAGGUCCUUUACAAGGAUGUGAUGCUGGAGAACUACGAGAACUUGGCCUUCUUGGUAGGUCAUCCAGUUUUCAAACCAAAGUUGAUUGCCAACUUGGAGCAAGGGAUUAAACCUUAUGUCAAGAAGAAAGCUGUCCCUAGGGACCACCAGAGAGGUGAUGAGGGAAUCAGCGGGAGCAACAUUGCCUCUGACAAGAAAAAAAGCCAUAAACUGAAGACAACAUUGCCAAAGUCAGGCAGUCCAAAGACAACACAGCAGGAGAAGGCCAAGACAGUGACCCAGAAGGAUGGCCCCCUGGAGACUAGGGCAGAAAGGGUCUUGGAAAGUGAAGAUACGUCAUCUUGGAGCAAGAAGAAAUCUGGCCCAAGUGUGGCUGCAGAAUCACACACAAACAGCCUUCCUGGCAAGAACGGGCCUGAAUCGGUGGCCAUGAAGACACUUCCGGGUCAGACAUCAGCAAUCACAUCUCCCAAGGGCAGCCCUCCAGGAAAGGAGACCCUGCAGAAAGACGCUCACAGUCAAACACAGGGUGCUCUGGCCUUCCCAAAGCGGCGGACGGCCAGAAAGGGGAAGAACCACUUUAAAUGUCGGGAGUGCGGGAAGACCUUCAACCAGACCCUCCACCUCGUGGAGCACGAGCGCAUUCACUCGGGAGAGAAACCCCACAAGUGUGACGCAUGUGGGAAGUCCUUCAGGCACAGCUCAUACUUCUUCACGCACUACCGAAUCCACACAGGGGAGAGGCCCUACAAGUGUAAGGUGUGCGGCAAAGCCUUCAACAGCAGCUCCACCCUCAGCAGCCACCACAGAGUCCACACAGGGGAGACACCCUUCAAAUGUGAGGAGUGUGGGAAAACCUUCAAGCAGAGCACCAAGCUCACUCGCCACCGCAGGGUGCACACAGGCGAGAAACCCUACAGGUGCAGUGAGUGUGGCAAAUGCUUCGGCCGCAGUUCAUCCCUGAGGGAGCACAAGAGGAUCCACACAGGAGAGAAGCCAUACUGCUGUCGAGUGUGUGGGAAAAACUUCAGGGUUAACUCACACCUGUCAGAGCAUCAGCGGCUCCAUCAAGAAGCGAGGUCCUUCCAGUGUGACGAGUGUGGGAAGUACUUCCGAAAUGGCUCCCAUCUCUCAGAACACAAGCUGAUCCAUGUGCCGGGGGCUCGAGAGGAUUGCCCAGAGUGCGGAAAAGCCUUCCCCGGCAAGGCGGCCCUCCUCAGACAUCAGAAAAGCCACAGGGAGGAAUCUCUGUAUCACUGUGAGGGAUGCGGAAAGAACUUCCGGUGCAAGUCAAGCAUCCAAAGGCACGAGAGGCUGCAUGCUGGGCAGAAGCCUUUUGUGUGCACCCAGUGCGGGAAAGGAUUCACUGACAAGACCACCCUGAAUAAUCACCACAAAGUCCACUCUGGAGAUAGGCCCGACCCCUGCAGCCAGUGUGGUAGAUCCUUCAAACACCUGGCCUCCCUAUUGCUCCACCAGAAAAUCCAUGCUAGAAAGGCACAACAAACUCCUCAUGUGUGAGAGGGCCUUUCGCCAAACUCACACCUUUGUAACCACUAGAGAAGUCAGUAGAUGUUUCCUUCAUUUUUCAUCAGAGGCUUUCUGGUAGAGCAGUAUUUCUCCAUAGUCGGACAAUUCUCCCCUUUCCACACCUGCAACAUUUGUGCAGCAUCCAGACACAGUUUUGAUUGGCCCGGCUGGAAUGUGCUUCUGGAAACUGACAUCUAUGGAUAGAAUCAGAGGAUGCGGAUACACAUCCUCUAAUGCACUGGGAAGUUCCCAACAGUGAACAACCUGGCACCACGCGUCAAUGGUGAUGUCUUUGAGGAACUUAGAUGAAAGCCCUGUGGAUAACUGAAUUUGAGAAAGAAUUGAAGUAGUGUUCUGUGCAGUAGCACUAACUGGGUGUGGAUAUUUAAAUUUAAAUGAACCAACGUGAAAAAAAAAUUAAAGUGCAAUCUCUUGGUGGUACCAAGAACAUCUCACUUGAGAUGAAGAACAUUUGGAAGUUCUAUUCAGCACUUGUUUAGAUCUUGGUCAUUAGAAUGGUCACACAGGCAGGUCCUGAAAAAGUAAGAAAAUGGGGUACGUCUUUUAGACUGAAUUUGUACUUUUUUCCAAAUGUAGGAUUUUAUAAAUACCAUUUAGAGGAAUGGGUCCAGGAUUCUCUGGUCAUUUUCAGGUCUCGGAAUCUACCAGAACUUCAUGCACAGGACCCGUCCCUCAUGCCUGGGGCAAAACAAUCAAUAGAUUACUGACAAUAUUACUGAUAAAUGCCAACAUUUAUUGGGCACUUUCUACUCAUCAAUUAUGGUGCUGAGCCCUUUAAUAGAUUAUCUUAGUUAAUUCUCACCAGAGUCCUGUGAAACAAAAACUAUCAUGAUCUUCAACUUUUAGGUGAGAAAACUUGGGCUUUUGAGAACUUUUGCUUAAAAAAAGAUUAUUUACAAGUUUGCACAUAAAGCAAGAUUUUAUUGAUAUUCUGUGAGGAAAUCCAUGUGUUACUUUUAUAUUGCACUAGUUUAAAUGGACAUGAUUCAAAUUUUCACCAAGUGUGCUUUUUUAAAAAAAAAAAGUAUAUUUGUUUACAUUUCCAUCUAAACCACUCUUGAGGGAAAGAGCAGCUGAAGCUGGCACAGAAAGGACUAGAUGGGGGCGGGGGGAGGUGGGAGGGCAAAUCCAACUGCAGCCUGCUGACAAGAAGGUUUUGUUGGCACAGCGGUGCCCCCUCAUUUAUAAACGGUCCCUGGAUGUUCUCAGGAAUAUGAUGACAACAUCAUGUUGUUGAGAAAGAAGUCAGAUGGCCACAAAGCCAAUAAUAUUUGCUAUGGGACACCUGAAAGAAACAGCUGACCAACCCCCUGUCUGAACGACUGCAGAGCUGCCAUGAAUUAGGCUGGAAAAGAAGAGAUCAACUCUAAGGCAGAAUCCUUGAACUCUUGUGCUGAUGACUUCAGUACCGCACACACCACCUACCUGUGAUGUAUGUACAUGUGAAUGGUGUUUGUGCAUACUUGAUGGACAAGUGAACACUGCUUAUCUUUUUUGUGUUUGUUUACUCAUCCUCUCUUAGUAAAAAAAUGCUAGUCACAACCUUCUAAAUCAACCUCAUUACCAUCACCCAGUGCCACCCAUAGCUUGAGAAGCCCUGGCAGGUAGUGGGCAACAUGCAAUACAGUCAGAAUCUUCAGCUGCUUAGGAGUUGGUGGGAGUCUUAGGCGUGGUUAUUGGAGGACUCCUCAGGGUAGAAGGUGGAAAUCCCCAGGAUGCUGAGCCUGUGGCUUUGUGCAACCUGGAGAAUCAAGAAUGAGGGUCUAAUGAUAAACUCAGCCUCUCUGAAUUCUCUUCACCAUCUCCAGAAUAUCUUCCGCCCACCUCCUUGUCAUCUCUGGGUCCAUAGAUAUCUUAGAGACUGAAUUUGUCUUAGGAUGAGGGUGGAAUGACCAUGGGGUAAGUAAAUUCAAGGACUCAGGAGUUUUCAGUAAUAACCAUAUCGGGCUAUGUGGCUAUAUCUUUCUGAGAACAAUCUCAGGAGCAGGGCUGGGGUGGUUUUGAGGAGGACUACGUGUGGCAGGUUUUUUUUUUUUUUUUCUGUUAUGGUUGUUGAUUCUGUGAAACAUUUUUGUGUAUGAAGGGAUGGGUUGUUGGGGGGGGGGCUUCCUCUUCUAUAACGCUAGAAUGUAACUCUAUAUAGUUAACAGGAUCAUUUUUCUUGCAAGUAACCAGAACCAAACUCACACUAGAUGAAGUGAAACCAAAGCAAUGAAAGGAAAUGAUGGACACAUGCAUCUGGCAAGUCUUGCUUGAAGGAUCUUUGAUCUGGCAGGAAGACUUGAGUACAAAGCCUGUUCACGCUUCCUAUCUAAGCUGCUGCUCUGUAUCCUUGCUUUGCUCUUUUUUCCAUAGACAGGAGCAUUCUCCACGAUGGGAUCAACUUAAGGGAGAGACAGAGUUUCUUUCUCCUAUGGGUCCUGAAUGAAUCCUGAAGAAGAAUCCCAAAGAGCCUGCUAUACUCUGUGGGAGGGGUUGUGGGCCCUACUUAUCUUUUUAUUUUUCCUUCGAGGGUUUGCAAUAAGCACAUAUCACUUUGCGAUUUUUGAAGAGGCUGGACUUUCCAGGGAGGGGUGCUGGGGGAGAGGACCAAUCUCUGAGCACAGAAGACUCCAGUGAGAGGGGCAUGAUGUGGGAAGACGGGUUCCAAGCUAGAGGGAAAGCCAGCUGAUUCUCACCCUCUAAUAAAAAUAAAAUUGUUGCCUGCA